GGUACUUGCGAUAAGAUACCGGUACCAGCUCCUAACAGAAUAGUACGUAAAACGUCAUAGAGCGAAUUGUAGAAGGCUACAAUUAUUUGAUAUUCAGCUUCAAAUCUUUGAAUACAUUCGCCCUCUUAGCAAAACGCGCGCUCGCUUCGACGUUUCCUUGGCCAAUUGAUUUGCCACACCAUAGGACCAUAGGAUAACGGAGCGCAUCGCAAGCCCUCCAUUUAGCAGUACUACGGGCGGCGAACUAGAAUGGGCGCCAAAGCUUCGAAACCCGCGCAGGCGGUAUCGCGCAAAUUCCCGACCAGGACUCCAGGCAAUGCCGUGCCGCCCCGGUCGACAGGAGGACCACCUACUAGACGAGCGGAGCCGAGAACCGUGAAAGAUGAAGCAAUCCGCUCGGACGGCCGGGAUCCAGACCUCGACCUUGACGCGAGCACGAACCCGGCAUACUCAGAGCGCCUACGACAGAUGGGUGUAGCGACGCCAUUCCCAACGUUAUCCAACUCUUCAACAGCUGGGCCCUUCUCAUCUCCUUCGCCAUCAACUUACACACAAACUUCAUCUUCUUUAUCGCCGCCCUCACAGGCGCCGUCUCGGUCCCCACCGCCCAACACAACGACCACCACAUCAUUCUAUCCACCGCCAUCUCAAAAUCGUACUCUCAACGCCUUAGAGGCAAGACGCGAACUACAGGCCCGCGCCGACGCAGAAUUCCAGGAUCCUUCACGUGGCCGCGAAUUCUUGGAUGUCGAGACACUGAGGAAGGCCUUAUUACUCCAACAUCGCGGCGCUACAGCCAACGAUAUUGAGGCGAGACUGCGGCUCAAGAGCGGCGUGCUUGCGCGGUUGGGGCCCCGUGGUGUUACUGUUCCCAUCAACACAGAGACAAUGAUCAAACAGACCUGGGGUGGUUUACACGAAUGAAUAGGAAAUUUCACAACCAAAAAAAAUUAAAUAAAUGAAUAAAAAUUGAAGAGAAAGGCAAGUUGAAUUGACGCAUUGAUGGCAUUUACUGUACAGCAUGAAAAUAGGUGAGGACCUUAGAAUGGAUAAUGAGCCACCUUGUAUAUGUAGUAGUACCACAUCUCCGACGUCAAUUGGUAUCCGUAUUAUUAUAUUUAAACA